AGUAUACUUCCUCGCCAAAGUGCAAUGAAAACAUAGACAGGUCGUCACGCAUGUCCUCUUAUGUCGUUCUCUUGAGCCUGUGUCAAAUCAACAAAGACGAGCGAGUAUGUGUGGAAUAGCUAUGUUGUAGUGGUUGAGUAGAGACAGCAAAACGUGGCGAUACGCGUCUUUCAGCGCCACAUUUUCUAGAUAUUGGCCCAACCACGUCGACCGUCCAUUUCGCUGCGGUAACCACAUACCAAAGCUAACGAGACCAUUUCUUCUCUGGACAAACGACAUAGACAUACAUAAACGCUCUUAGAAUGGUUGUUCUCGCUGCUUCAAUCUGUACAAAGGGCGGAAAGGCCGUCCUUUCUCGUCAAUUCCACCCAAUGACACGAGCCAGGAUCGAGUCUCUAUUGGCCUCAUUCCCCAAAGUCAUCCCUACAAACAGCCAGCAUACAAUCGCUGAAACGUCCGAUGUUCGCUUCGUAUACCAGCCCCUCGAAGACCUCUACAUAUUGCUCAUCACCAACAAGGCUUCCAAUAUCUUGCAGGACAUCGAGACUUUGCAUCUUUUUGCUCGCGUAGUAUCUGAUAUGUGCAGGAGUGCCGACGAGCGCGAGAUUCAGCGAAACUCUUUCGAGCUGUUGAGUGCUUUCGACGAGAUCGUGAGCUUGGGGUAUAGAGAGCAAGUUAACUUGAUGCAAGUUCGGAGUGUACUGGAGAUGGAGUCUCACGAAGAGAAGAUCCAAGAUAUCAUCGCCAGGAACAAAGAAGCAGAAGCGAAAGAAGAGCUCAAGCGCCGUGCUCGCCAAUUGGAGAUGCAACGCAGGGAACAACAAAAACGCGCAGCUGCAGGCGGCGGUGGAAGCUCCUACUUGGGUGGAGGCGUCACAGGCUAUUCAGCCCUCCCACAACGCUUUGAAGCCCCCGAGGCUCCUGCCGCGCGUACUGCGUCCCCCGCACCGGCGUCUUCCACUCGCGGUCCAGCGUUCAAGGGUAGCGGAAUGAAGCUUGGUAGUAAAAAGACAAAACAGGCAGAAUUGAUAGAUGCUCUAGGUGGAGAAGCGUUAUCCGUUGAAGAAAUAUCUGCUCCCCCUACACCUGCUUUGGAAGUAGCUGCACCCAAGGACACGAGAGGCAGUCUGCCUUCUAUAAAUGCUGAGAGCGUGCAUGUUGUUAUCAAGGAGCAGAUUUCACUCUCGCUAAUGCGCGAGGGCGGACUCAAGUCAAUGGAACUGAAGGGUGACAUGAACUUGCAAGUGUCAGAUCCUUCGCUCGCACACAUCAAGCUCGCCUUGGCACCACCGACCACCGACUUCGGGUCCGAUCUGCAAUUCAAGCAGCAUCCACACGUAGCGAAAUUCAUCCCAGGGCAAGAAAAGAUUGUCGCCCUGAAAGACCCCUCACGCGCCUUCCCUGUUGGCCAGGCGCUGGCAGUCUUGAAAUGGAGGUAUGCAGGCAAAGACGAAAGCUAUGUCCCACUUUCAAUAAAUUGCUGGCCAUCGCCCUCCAAUGACGGGACGUGUGAAGUGAACAUUGAGUAUGAGCUCGAGAAUGAAAAUGUCACUCUGCACGACGUGAUUAUUUCAAUUCCUCUUCCAGCUGGUUCGUACCCAACUGUUCCCGCACAAUCUGGGGCAUGGACAAUCAAUUCGUCCACUCAUUCACUGGACUGGACCAUCCCCUUGAUCACCCCUGAGGAUCGCUCUGGAUCAUUCGAGUUCACAGUCGGUGGAGACGACAUCAGCACCUUCUUCCCCGUCAAGGUCUCGUUCGUUGGUCAGGGCAGUAUAGCUGGCGUCAGCGUCGCAUCGGUCAACCGUGUGGAUAACGGAGAAGAGGCAGUUUUCUCCACAGACUCGGUCAUCAACACUGAGGAAUAUCUCGUAAUUUGAGAAAAGACUAUUGAUUGAUAACAGAGAUAUCCACUAUAGUUUCGAUAAAAUGUCCCAGUCCGAGUCUAGUUUAUUAAGAUCUGAGCAAAAAAAAAAAAGAGAAUACUAUCAAUGCCUAGAGUUAUACGAUAAGGGAAUAUUCGUUAGAAAUGUGAGGCUUCCUGGUAGAUUGUUCAUAAAGUUCGCAUUAAAAUUAUCCAUGUAUCAUUUCAGAUACAUCGACCCCAUUCCCAUCCUCAAAACGUCUACUUUUGUUCCAUUGUUCUUUUUGUGACUGCCGCUACUGGCGGGAGAUGGCAAAGGAGGCGGCAGAACACUCAUACGCUUCGCUCUGCGAUCAACAGAUGAAGUUUGUGGGGAACGCGAGCUUCGACGUAUCUGACCCAAUUCGUCAGGGCUGCCAUUACCAGUAGCCUGGGGCCUAAGAAGAUCGGGCCUGAGCGACUGAGACUGCGAAAAAUCCAUUGCGGGAGAAACAACCCCUCCAUGCGCAGGAAUCAUCGUCGACAUCCGUGACAUCCGUGGUGAAGCGGACAUAAACAUGCUGGGAACGAUAGGGACAGCGCUGAGAGUCUGGGGAACUAUCCUGAGCUUGUUUUUGCCUCUGGUGUCCGGAAUGGCGGUAUGUUCUGGGUCUAAAAGCUUUUGCAAGGCGAGUAGGGUUAGGAAAGCGUCGUUCCCUGAAUUGUGCAGAGCACAUUGGACGUCGAUCCCGAGCGAAUGCAGUAAUCCUCCCAAUCCCAAAGUAGAUCCCGGCAACCGCGGUUUUCCCGCCUUCGGGUCCUGCAUGAUGUCCCUUUGACCAGAAUUGAAGAGCAUUCGCUCAAAUACUGCCGUAUCGACGAUCAGGACGUUAUGCGGUAGCU